AAACCAAAAGAAAAAUUAAACCGGCAAGUCUCACCAGGCCACCGUAAACCGCCAGGGAUUUCUGUUCUGUAGCUUUUCUCUGCUUCCUGAAAAGGCCGUAGGCGGUGGUCGGUGGUCGGUGGUCGGUUGAAGAGUGAGUUCGGUGGCUAAUAUGAAUUGAACUGAAUUUGGAUUGAAGUGAUCGAGUUCAGUACAUCUUUUCUCGUAUAAAUGGAGAAUUCUACUGCCUCUGGAGAGCCUAACAAGAAGCGUCCUCACCUCAAUCCCCUCGUCUCUUCUCCCAUGCCUCGUCACACCCUCUCUUCUUCUGAUAACAAACCGGUUGAUGCUGCUGUUCUUCAGUAUGAGAAUCAGAAACUUGUCCGGCAAUUAGAUGUACAGAAACAAGAACUGCAUGACCUUGAAGAAAAAAUGAAAGAAUUACAAGUUAAACAAGCAGCUUAUGAUGGUAUAUUGAUUUCAAUAAACCAACUUUGGAAUAAGGUAGAUGAUAAUAUGAUACUUCUUGGAGCAAAAGUUGGGACAGAUCCAAGAGCUUUACAAAGUUUGAGUCAUGCCGAUCAUUCUCGAGGUUCAAUUCCAUCAUGUCUUGCAGAAGAGAUGUUUCUGUGUAGAAUAUUGAAUAAGGAUUCUAUUCAGAGCAGUGGAAGUGGUGUAUCAAUUACAGAUGUCAAAGAAGCUCUUGAUAUCAGGUGUUCCUACACACGGGAGCUCAUGACAUCCUUGAAAGAUGCUUUUGAUGCUCAGAGCUCUAAACUGGAGGAGGUUGCUAAUUCUUCGGAUGUAAUACCAUCUGCAGAAGAUGCUAUUGCUCUAUCAAGCAAGAUUGAUGAUUUGUUGAAAGAUGAGGCUAGUGUACUGCAUGAUGCAAUUGAUAUUCUUCAUCAAAAGCAUAAAGAAUAUGCUAAUGUAAUUGAGAUUUAUGCGCAAGACACAACAGAUCAAACGGAGUUAAAGCGCCUUGAGGUUGAGCUAGAAGAAAGCAUGGCAGAACUUGAAGAAAGUAGAAGAAAGCUUGUUAAUUUGAAAAUGCAGAAAGAUGCAGCAUCAGUACGAGAGCAACCAGUUUUGGGUUCAGUAAAUUGGAGUGUGUCACCAGAAUAUACAGAGAGGACAAUGGAUGUUCAGGAACUGAAGGAUUCUAUUGAGGAGACAAAGGUGUUGGCAGAGGACCGCCUAAUUGAACUUCAAGAUGCUAGAGAUGACAAUUCUGUCCUGCAAAAGCAGUUGCACGAUCUUAAGGCUGAACUGAAGGAUGAUAAAUUUGUAUAUUCAACUCGUGCUUAUACUAUAUUGAAUGACCAACUUCAUCACUGGACUGCUCAGAUGGAACGGUACAAAGAGCAAGUGGAGCAUCCUCAGGUUGACAGGUCUCUCAUCGCACGGAAGGACAAGGAAUUGACAGUGAAAGCAGAGUCUGUGGAUGCUGCACGGAAGAUUAUAAGUGAUUCAGAAUCAAAGAUUGAAGAACUGGAACAUCAGCUUGAGAGAUACAUUAUUGAAAACAAUGAACUAGCAGUCAAAAUGGAAGAAGCCAUUCAAGAUUCAGGACGAAAAGACAUUAAAGCUGAGUUUCAGGUAAUGGCUUCUGCUUUGUCAAAGGAAAAAGGAAUGAUGAGAGCUCAGUUGAAUCGGUGGAAGGAUGCAGCUCAAGAGUCCCUUUCGUUGCGUGAAGAAGCACAGUCGCUCAAAACUUCACUGGACAGAAAGACUAUUGAGCAAAAGGACUUGGCUGACAAAUGUGGUCGAAAUUCUGCAGCAAUUAAAUCAUUAAAGAUGCAUGUUGAGCAAAUGCAGCAGGAACAAGGAGAGCGGAAAAUAAUCCUGGACAUGUAUAGCCAGCAAAUCUAUGAUAAUAGAAAUAUAAUGGAAAUUCAAGAAUCAGAACGAAGAGCUCGCUCACAAGCUGAAUUUUUGAGAAAUGCUCUUGAUGAACAUGGCCUUGAAUUGAGAAUCAAAGCUGCCAAUGAAGCUGAGGCAGCUUGCCAGCCGAGGCUUUCUGCUGCGGAAGCAGAACUUGCUCAAUUAAGGGCUGAAUUGGAAGCUUCAGACAGGGAUGUCUUUGAGCUCAGAGAGGCCUUGAAAAUUAAAGAAGCAGAGUCGGAAACAUACAUUUCUGAGAUUGAGACUAUUGGUCAAGCUUAUGAAGACAUGCAGAAUCAGAAUCAACAUCUGUUGCAGAUGAUGGCUGAAAGAGAUGAACUUAAUAUCAAGCUGGUCUCUGAGAGUGUAAAGACAAAACAGUCUCAGAGCUUAUUACUCUCGGAAAGACAUGCAUUAGAGAAACAACUUCAACAGUCUAAAACGUCACUUGAAUCUUUGAAGAUGAGGAUAGCUCAGAGCGAGGAACUGAUGAAAGGUUAUAUUAUGGAGGCUUUAAGUUCUACUCCAGAAGACAGAGAGCUUGCAGUCUCCCUGGAAAGUGUGAAAUGGGAAUUGAUGGAUGCCGAGAAGGAAUUGAAGUGGCUGAAAUCUUCUGUUUCUUCCUCUCAGAAGGAAUAUGAUCAGAUCCAGCGAAAGAUAGAUCAAAUACAGACUGAACUUGACACUGAAAGAAGUGAGAAGGCGAAGCUUGAUGAAGAGCUAACAGAUUUGAAUAGAACUGUAACUGAGUUGACUUCUGAGAGUGGGGACGCUGCAAUACAGAGACUCGAAGAUGAAAUCAAUGACUGCAAAGCUAUCCUCAAAUGUGGUGUCUGUUGUGAUCGACCAAAGGAGGUGGUGAUUGCCAAAUGUUAUCAUCUGUUUUGCAAUCCAUGCAUACAGAGAAACCUAGAGCUCCGCCACCGCAAAUGCCCUGGCUGUGGAACUGCAUUUGGGCAGAAUGAUGUUCGGUUCGUGAAAAUUUGAACCAUUGCAGGCUGAACUGAACUUGUACAGUUGUGAAAAGGAUAACAGGUUACUGUUUUGGUUUCGGCGUAUUUGAGAGGGGGGUGGUGAUUCCAUUGAAUGUAGAGUAGCAACAACUCUCUAUUUCUUCCCUUUCCUUUCUUUAAGUUUGUCCCCAGUAAAAAAAAAAAAGGUUGGAAAAAACAAAAACAAAAAAAAAAUAGAAAUCCUGAUAGGGUUUAGAGGAGAUGGGUUGUAGCUUGUAGGAUGAUUUAUGUACAUCAUCUUUGUCUGUGAACAGAUGGUUAAGUUGAAGACAGUUUGAAUUUUCAGUGCUUCUGUUGAUUUGUUGAA